GAAGAAGAAUUCUUUACCGGAAGUCAGAGAAGCGGGAGCUUUGAAGACGUAAACAAACCCAUUUUUUGUUGGCGUGAACUUUGGUUUCACACUGAACAUUUGCUAAAAUGCUGAAGAAGGCACCUAAAUUGAAAUAUAUAAUCAAAACAAAAUCGAAGAAUAACAUAAAUGUGAGACCAACGUCAGAGGCGAUGAUUGAACUCCUCGCGCUGCUGUUUUUGAACAGCCUGGCAGAGGAGGCGAAGUCCAAAGCUUUUGAAGAAAAAUCGGCAACUAUCAGAGCUCAUCAUCUCAGAGCAGUCUCCAAGAAAAUGCUGAAAAAAUCUCGCGGCUGAAGACGGCGAAGUACGUCCUCGUCAUAAAAAAACAUCAUGAAAGUAGAAAUCUUUCACGAUGUUUCAUAUGCUUUCAAUCAACAUUUUUUGUAUUUUUAUUCUAUUCUUUGUGUAAUCGAUUUCCUGUCGAGAGUUUUUUGGUCUUCAUUAAAUACUUGUGGAUCUUU